AUGCAGUACGCCGGUGAUAGCUUGGACGACGCUAGUGCACUCUACACCGCGAGCGAGGAGCCGCAGCAGAAUGCUGCAGAUACCAAAGUCGAAGACUACGAGCUGGAAGAUCUCGACGUGACAGAAGAGCUUACACGCAGUGCGAACCUCCAGCAGCCCACUCGAUCGAACUCGUUUGACGAAAUCCUCAGCAAAGCUCACGAGCUGUACGACGUUGGAAUAAGUAUCCCUGAGCCAACGAUCGCUCCACCGAGACCGGCCUUACAGCGGCAGGGUGGCAGGCCAAGAACAUACCCCUUGGAGCGGCACGGCGGAAGCACUGAGGUAAAGCAUGAAGAGAUCGAAAUGAUCCCGGCGGCUGAGGUGUACCAGAGACCGCCACUCGGUGCGUCGUCAAAGGUUGUGCCUCAAGAAUCGGAACACGGCGCGCGUCCCGUGAAGGCGCGAAAGGAUGCUUCCACGCCCACCAAGCCUUCUGGGAUGUUGGGAAAGGCGUGGAGUGCGAUUGGGACGUUCGUGAACGAUACUCUUGUUGGCUAUGAGGAGUCGAUGGGCUUGUCGAAGACCUCGGGCGUAGGCUGGGGAGGGCAUCUAGAUCGUCCUUGA